CAAACAUCACACUUAGACUUAACACAGGCUUAAAGUGCAAGAACUUUUCUGAUUUGAAUAUGGAAGAAAGUUACUGAUGCCUCUGGAAAAACAGAAGAGUCUUUGAACUGGAAAGUCCAGCAUAGGACAACUAUUGAGUCCCGCCUGGUUUAGUGAUCUGAGAUACGUGGUUUUAAUAUGUAUGAUAUUACUAAUACAAACGAUGAUGUUGAUGAUGACAUACCUACUCAAUAUGUCAUUCAACAAAGCUUGCAGGAUAUUCACAAGAGCAAGACAGUGAAUACAGAAAAGAAUGAUAGCUUUAGUUUUGCUACAAGUGAAAAUCACAAGAAGAUAAUUGCUGCCAUUCGGACAGGUGAAGAAGCGGCUCUGCUCAAGCUGAUGAGGAAUGGCUCUGCUUUUCAGGAGACAGACGGAGAAGGUUGCCUCCCUUUGCAUGAAGCUGCAUCACAACCAAAUAAGAAUAUUCUAGAAAUAACUCUGAAAGCUUCCCACUGCAUUGUAUGGCAGCAGACAAACCUGAAAGGAGAAACACCUCUGUUUUUAGCAGUGGACAAGUGUCUUGCAAAAAAUGUACAUUUUCUGCUCCUCAAUGGCUUUAAUCCUGAUGUUAGAAAUGAAGAAGGAGAUUCUGCUUUAAUCGUUGCUAUUAAACACAACUCUUAUGAAAUUGCUUCCUUGCUGAUACAAUUUGGUGCUGAUGUCAACCUACAAUGUAUAAAUAAGAGGACAGCUUUACAUGAGGCAGCCAGGCUAGGCUUAAAAGAUAUUGUGGAGCUUCUGCUUUGCUCGAAAGCAGACCCAGAUCCACGGAGUUCCUAUGGACUGACACCUUUAGCCCUGGCAGCACAGAAUGGGCAUACGGAAAUUCUGGAAAUCUUACUGCAUAAAGCAGGUGUCAAUGUUCUUUCCCAGGCAUCCGAUUGUGCAUCCAUAUUAUUUGAAGCUGCUGGAGGAGGAAAUCCAGAUUGUGUCUCUCUCCUUUUAGAGUAUGGUGCUGAUGCCAAUGUACCAAAGCAUUCAGGUCAUCUGCCUAUCCACAGAGCUGCUUACAGAGGACACUUCUUAGCUUUGCAGAUUUUGGUUCCAGUGACGCAUUACUCUGCCAUAAAGGAAAGUGGAAUCAGUCCAGUUCACUCUGCAGCAGCAGGUGGGCAUCCUCAGUGCCUCGAGUUCCUUCUAAAAUCUGGUUUCGAUGCUAAUUUUAUGUUGCAUCAAAGAAUUCGCAAAGGUUAUGAUGAUGAGAGAAAGUCAGCCUUGUAUUUUGCUGUUUCUAAUGGGGAUAUUACCUCAGCUCAGCUGCUCCUGGAAGCUGGAGCGCUACCAAAUCAAGACCCAGUUAACUGUCUCCAGUUAGCCUUGCGGAUGGGCAACUAUGAACUCAUUAGUCUCCUACUUCGCCAUGGGGCAAAUGUGAACUACUUCUGCAGGGUUAACACAACACAUUUCCCAUCAGCUCUGCAGUACACACUGAAGGAUGAAGUCAUGUUAAGAAUGUUGCUGAAUUAUGGAUACAAUGUUCACCGCUGCUUUGACUGUCCUCAUGGAAACAACGUGCAUGCCCAGUACAUAUUUGAAGGGUGGACCUCAACUGUUAUCAAAGACACAAUGUUCUGUGAAGUUAUUACUCUAUCAUGGUUAAGGCACCUAUCUGGGAAAGUAGUGCGUGUGAUGCUAGAUUACGUUGAUCAUAUCCAAAUCUGCGCUAAGCUUCAAGACGUUCUUCAAGAACAAGAACUGUGGCCAGAAAUUCAUGCAAUUUUGACAAACGCCCGUUCUUUGAAACAUCUCUGCCGUCUGAGAAUCCGGAAAUGUUUAGGCCGCUUGCGUCUACGCUGUCCUGUCUUCUUGACCUUUCUACCACUACCAAACCGUUUGAAAGAAUAUAUACUCUAUAAGGAGUAUGAUCUGUAUGGACAAGGAAAUCUGGAAGGAAUCUACUAAUUCAGAUGUGGUGGAGGGCGUCCUAUAUGCAUUUUAUAUACAUACAAAUUAUAGCUUAUGUAAUUGUUAGAAAAAAAUAUGUGGGGGAAAAUCAUGUGGGAGAAAUCAAGCAAUUUGAAUAAUUUUUAAUAAAAUAUUUUGAUGGAUAAAAAGCAUGACAUUCCAUCAUCUGUAGAAGUAUAUAUUCCUCUUGAAUAAUGUGUUGCGGAGGGCUUAAAGAUUUAUUAAAAAUUGUCAUCUAAUCAGGUGACUUUAAAAAGAAUAAAUACUACACUACUGCUUUCCCAUGAACUAUAUAGUAGCUCAUUACUACAACAAAGGAACAAAAUUAAAUUACUGACUAGAUGGGCUCUCCCAUCACUGGAUAAUCAGUUUAUUCUAUCUGGGUCAGUAGGCAAUAUCAAGUAUUUCAAUAAAUGUACAUUUCUUUCUGACAAACUGAAUGCUUAGUGUAAAUUCUUGUGAACACUGUGACACACAAAAAUGGGCCCUACAUGGAACGUCCUGUGGUUGAACAGCUUUUCGUGGCAACUCUAUCUCUCCUCCCUGAAAUACAUACUUGGGCACACUAAAGCUACUGCCCCUUUCCUUUUUGUCCAGUUUAACACAUUCAUUCAACUGUUCAACAAGAUGCCAGCCAAAGAUGGGUAUCAGCCUUUGCAUAACACACUAUUCUUCCUUAUUUUCAGGCAAAUUAAAGGUAUUUUUCC